AUGAAGUUCUUCACUGCUGCCGCUCUCUUUGUUGCCACCGCCAUGGCCUACCCACCUAACAGUAACAACGGUAACGGUAACGCUGUCUCCAAGACCGAUGUCAAGCAGAUUCAGGUUCUUGAGGACCGCUGCAAGCAACAGCAGAAGGCUACCAUGUGCUGUGACGAGUUCACCCAGAAGAACACUGUCUCGAGCGGUGGCCUCCUCAACAACUUCCUCAGCGGACUCGACCUGAAGGACGCCGCCAACCUUGCCCUUGUCCAGAACCUCCUCGCAGGUGAUGGCGGCCAAUGCCGCGGCGUUGCCACUCUCCUCGACGGCAACUGCGCCAACAAGGCUGCCUGCUGUGACCAUAUCGAGAAUGGUGAUCAGAACGGCCUCGUCAACGUUGGGGUCCCCAUCAACUGCGUUGCCCUCCCUCUCUAA